CUCGACCUGCUGGGCUCUGGCAACUUCGGGUCUGUGUACAAGGCGAGAACAACCUUCCGGGCGUCAGAGGGAGCUAAGAUAACCUGCGUCGUCAAGAAGGUCAAAGUCGACUUGGAGCAUGAUAUCAACGAUGCCAGCGAGGCGCUGCAGGAGGUGAAGAGCUUGAUCAAGCUGGACUCUCACCCGUUCAUCGUCGCCUACAUGGACGUCUGGCUGCACCGAGACAACCCGGCCAACGCCUUCAUCCCCCCUACAACAGAGUUGUGCUUGAUGAUGGAGUUCUGUCCCAACGGGGACUUGUUCGACCGCCUUGAGAAGUUGAGGGAGAGCGAGGGUGACGAGGCUGAGAAGUUGACCGUGAACAAGAUCAUGACAUGGUUUGCUCAGCUCACUGAUGCUGUCCAAUUCUUCCACAGCAAAGGCAUCACGCACUGCGACCUCAAGCUCGAGAACAUCUUCUUGACGGAGGACGACAACGUCAAGGUCGGAGACUUUGGCCUCUCCCUGCAGCGACCGGAUGUGGACAUGUGGGGGUCGACAAACAUGAGCUCUCGAGGUACCCCGGACUACAUGGCGCCGGAGUGCUGGCACGACAACUCCAAGUACACGUCCAAGGUGGAUGUCUGGAGUGUCGGGGUGAUCCUG